AUGGCUUCUUCAGGUGAAGACCGUCCCGCGCCUCUGCGCCUUGGCUCGAUAGCACCGAACUUUCACGCAGAGACCACAAACGGACCCAUCGACUUCCAUGAGUUCAUUGGCGACAAGUGGGUCGUUCUAUUCUCGCAUCCGGAGGACUACACACCAGUCUGCACCACGGAGUUGGGCGCCUUCGCUAAACUCGAGCCUGAGUUCACCAAGCGCGGUGUGAAGUUAAUCGGCCUGUCCGCGAACACCGUCGACUCACACGGAGGAUGGAUCAAGGACAUUGACGAGAUUUCCGGUAGCAAGCUGAGGUUCCCAAUCAUUGGUGAUAAGGAGCGGAAGGUGGCAUAUGCGUAUGACAUGCUAGACCACCAGGAUAUCACCAAUGUGGACCAGAAGGGCAUUGCCUUCACCAUUCGAAGUGUUUUCAUCAUCGACCCUAAAAAGACCAUCCGCCUCAUUCUUUCAUACCCAGCUUCGACUGGUCGUAAUACUGCCGAGGUGUUGCGGGUGGUGGAUUCUUUGCAGACGGGUGACAAGAACAAGGUGACCACCCCAAUAAAUUGGGUACCAGGAGACGACGUCAUCGUGCAUCCAAGCGUCAAAACCGAGCAGGCGAAGGAACAAUACCCUCAUCUCAAGAUUGUGAAGCCGUACCUUAGGUUCACUCCCUUAUCCAAGGAGCAGACCAGCGCGGCCGUUUGA